GACGCGGACGGGGGCGGCUUCCGGUGCGGCGGAGGCGUCCGUUCUGAAGGGGCGAUGGGCCUCUUCCUGCUCCAGCGGCGGCGCUGAGGAAGGAGGGCAGGCGGGCGGAGGAGGCCAUGGCUCCGAUGGGGAUCCGCCUCUCUCCUCUAGGGGCGGCCGUGCUGGGCCUGCUGGGCCUGGGCCUGCUCUACCACCUCUACUCGGGCUUCCUGGCCGGGCGCCUCGGGGUCGGAGGCGGGCCGGAGGCGGCGUCGCCGUCGCUGGUGGACCUUCGGGAGCUGCUGGCGGCGUCGGUGGCGGCGGCGGGGCGCGGCGGGGCGGAGGUGCGGCGGGUGCGCGAGGAGGGCGCGCUCCACGAAAAGGCCAAGGGCAAGACCCGCGAGGGCGCAGACGAGCUGCUCACCAGCGGAGACCUCCGCUCCAACAGGCAGAUGGUCCGCCUCCUCAGGGCCGCCUUCCCCGCAGUCCAGAUAAAUUCUGAAGAGCAUGUUGAUGCAGAUGACCAGGAGAUAAUUUCUUGGGAUCGCACUAUUCCUGAAGAUAUAAAGAGAGAAAUUCAGCCUAAUUUUGUACCAGCAGACAGCGUUACGGUGUGGAUUGAUCCAUUAGAUGCAACCCAAGAAUAUACAGAGGAUCUCCGUCAAUAUGUCACUACAAUGGUGUGUGCAGCUGUGAAUGGUGAGCCAGUCAUAGGCGUAAUACACAAGCCAUUUUCUGGAUAUACAGCCUGGGCAAUGGUGCGCGGAGGAUCCAAUGUGAAACCCCGGUCUUCCUACAAUGAUCAGACUCCCACCAUCAUUGUAUCCCGGUCCCAUGAAGGGAAAGUAAAGCAACUUGCUUGGCAAACGUUUGGAAAUAAGAGUAUGAUCAUUAAAGCUGGCGGGUCAGGAUACAAAGUCCUUUCUCUCCUCAAUGUGCCGGAGGCGGAUCAGGAACAAGCUGACAUCUACAUUCACGUCACUUACAUAAAGAAGUGGGACAUCUGUGCUGGCAAUGCAGUGCUGAAAGCACUAGGUGGCCAAAUGACAACCCUGGCAGGAGAAGAAAUCAGUUACACGGGUGCAGUUGGCAAUGAGGGCGGGCUCAUUGCCAGCAUCAACAUGAAUCACAAGGCACUCAUUGAAAAACUGCCCAUUCUAGACAAGGCAUCACAGAAUUAAGCUCUGAAACGUGAAUGUGGCCCUUUCUGGAGCCCGAAAAUGAUCCGUUCAAGGUAGGACAUGUGGAACUGGCCUUUGGAAUCGGGUGCUCUCCAGCAAAUGUGCAUUUGGAGGACUACUCAUGGCAGCAUUUUGGAGGCUCACCUAUGGACUGUGGCAGUGUUCAGAAGCUGGAUUGUUCGGUCACAUGAGGUUCUCAGGCCUCAGAAUCAAGCUUUGGAUUUUUGAGGCUGUGUUUUGUGUCCAUAACACAACUAGAGGAAUCCAAGCCUGAGCUAAUAAUAACUAACAUAGUGCAAAUGUUGGUUCCAGUAAACUUUCACAUCCUGAUAUUGUAUUCUUUAUAUUGUCUGCCAAAAGGGAAAAACAUUGUUUUGGGUCACUUGAAAUCCAUGGAUACAAAGCCUAAGGAGGCAGAGGUAUCUUUGUGUGACUCCUAUUCAUCUUGGGUACAACUUGAAACGAUAAAGGAAACACUUGGAUCUACUUUUAACAUUUACCUGAAAAUUCAAACCAGCUUAUUGUGGACGAGAGUGUUAAUUUCUGUGUGGUUUUACAAUAAUGUCCUUUGUUAACAACAUUCUUUCCAUGUAAUAUUUUAAAAGAAAGUGUGUUCCCCUGUCCAGUUUCAGCAGUUAACUGGGGCCAUCACAAGCAGCUAAGUUUUCUUAAAUACUUAACGUUUGGUGAUGAGCUUCUCCAUUAGUCAUUUGUCCUGUUUCAUUCAUUAAGCCACUUGAGAAGAGAAUUGCAGGGUUUUUAUUACAACCUCUAGCCAGCAUAAAAUGAAGACCGUGCUUCGUGUGAACUCCUUUACAGGACUCUCAUGUGUCUUGCCAGCUGUCCUAAACAUUGCAUUCCAGGCGUUUUAUUAGAAGUUGUGCCCCAGACUGUUUUAUCCGGUAUCUUAUUUAGCAUCUGAGUCUUGCAAUACAGACCCAAAAAGUCUCUCAAGGGACCUCAGUGCCACCAGCAGCUUUCCUCCUUUAAAUUUAUCUGUGACAAAAAAAAGCUGUAUUUGUUCUCUGAGGCAAGAUUAUGAAAGGCUUGUAUUAGUGUGCUGGACUGCGUAAGAAUGGAACCUGAGGGCCCCAACUUUUGUGGAAGUGAUCUGGGAUUCCUCCCCUUCAGCUAAUUUAUGGGGGAGACAGCAAGCAAAAGCUCUGGAGCUUGAUCCGCCAGAUGAUCUGUUUUCACGCAGGCUCAGUCUUCCCUACUGAAACUACUGUCUUUGCAGAAUGCGAGGUGAAUGAACAGAAAAAUAGGCCAGUGUAUGUGCCACUCUUAACAAUUACUUACUUUUUGUUUCACUGUGGAGGUUAUUUUUCCCCCUUGGUUGUUUUGGUAGUGUGUUAACUUAUUUUGAUCACUUGAAAAACAAAAAAGAUAAUUAGUAAAAAAGGUAAGUGCAGGCCUAGACAUGUCUACUCAGAAGUAAGUCUCAUUCUUUUGAGUGAUGCCGACUCCUCAUGAAGUCUUAAGACCUCUUUGUGUGCGGAGCAAUAUUGCUUAAGCGGUUAUUUUUAAAAUAAGUGCCAGGAGACCUGUGUUGCUCAGAAGUGUUGCCAAAGCUGGAUAUUAUUGGAACGCUACUUUUCUUUCACAACCAAUUUAUUCCACAGAUGUGUUAAAAUCACAUGGACUCUCUUCAAAGUAUUGAUCUGCAGUUCAGUUCCAGGAGUAGCUACACUUUUGACACAAGACUGUUUGAAAAUUAAAUGCUUUACAGUGGAUGAUUACUCUUGCUGAUGAUGCUGAUGUUCCAACUUAAUAUUUCUUUGCUGAGCACAUGAGAAUAGGCUAUGUUUCACCUUCUACUAGUGUGUGGGCCAUUUUGGGGAGUCUCCAUCUCCAUAAUACUGCAUUUCAGAAACAGAUAUGCAAAACAAUGAACAUAAAAGGAAAUGUGGCUCACAA